AGAAACGUGCUUCAGUCGCCAGAGAGCGCUUUUCACGACAGUUACGUCUCUCCGCGCAACUCCGCGAGCCGCACUAUCGCGCACGUAUCAUCGUGUACGGCGUCACGUAACUGCGCAAUCGUGCCCGCACGUUCCUUCCCAAGCCCGCUGGGCCACGCGCGUGCCUUGACAGUCGCGUGUUUGGCGGGAAACGCGUAUUUUCGUGUUUAUUGACGCGCUCUCGCGGCCACUCCCCCCACCGCAGAGCGCGGCGUGCUGCUUCGGGCCGUGUGCAAUAGCGCAAUAGCGUUUUUCCGGACGGGAUUUUCUCGCCUGCGUAAGAAGUUUCGCGUUCUUUCGCGCGUCUCGAGUGUGCGCUCUCUCGGCAGCCUAGUGCCUGGUCGUGUGAAGAAUGUGAGACGAGUGAUCGCAGAGAAAGAGAGACGGUACUCCGAACGGACAGAAAGACAGGCCGGAAAGAGUGAGCGGGCGAGUGAGUGAGUGAAUGAGAAAGAGAGAAAGAGAGAGAGAGAGGGAUCGUCUGGCGUCACGGACAAUCUGGACGUUGGACCACAAAAUUCGCGCGGGACACGUAACACGCUCUCUCGGCCGUCGCUUGGAUAUUCACGCGCAAGUGCCGCGGCCGUGCGACGUUGCCGAGUCGGCAACGUUCUCCGCAGGCUACGCCGAAGGAAUCGUGUUGCGAGGAGAAAGAGAGAGAGAAGGAGAGCGAGCGAGCGAACCAGCAGUCGACGGUAUCGGAGAGAGAAGGAACGGGCGAGUGAGUGAGCGAGCGAGCGAGCAAGCACGCGCGCGCGCGCGAGAGAGAGAGAGAGAGAAAGCGAGUGUAUACGUGUGUACGUGUGACCGGCGCGCGUGCGUGUAUUUCUCGCGUUUUCGCGAGAGGAGCGUCCUCGCGUCGACCUUGACAGACUGUUCGCCGCGAUGCAGCGGGAUCGCGCGCGAGCUUGAGGCUGUUUCCGCGGCCGCUAUCUCGGCCCAUAGUAACCGCGGCCGCACUGUGUUGCCAAGCGUGUAACUGCUGUUAGACCAGCGUAGACCUCGUCGUCCUGUGACCGCCGCGCUCCUCCCGCCCGGGAAUCGGGGCAGCGUCGUCGCUCACUUCCACCGCAAAGAAACGUCACCGUCGGUGGACCGUCGGAGGCGGCGAGCGGAGCCGCGCGUGCUCUCUCUCUCUCUCUCUCUCUCGCCGACCAGCAUCAGCAUCAUCAUCGUCAUCGGCUGCGGCGGCGGCAGCGGCAGCAGCAGCACCAGCGGCGCGGCCAUUAUUCGAAAUUCGGUGGGUCGCGCCACGGCCCGCGACGUUGCCACGCCGUCCGUCGUCCGCGGUGCGUAGCCGCGAUUAUUUCAACGACCCGACGACGGACCCAGCAACGGGGAUUCCUAGAAGGAGUCAUCGUCAUCCCCGCAUCAGUGGCCGAUGCUGGAAGAAGUGACUUCUUAUCGCACAGCGCGAAUCACGGCUUCUCGAUAGCGCGUUGAAAGAGAAACAAAGAGAGAGAGAGAGAGAGAGAGAGAGAGAGAGUGAAACGAAGGACGAGAGAGGCGGAAAACAACAGGAAGAGAGGCAGUCCGUGUCUUUUAUCAUCUCGACGUAACCUAACCUCAUCCCUUGCCAAGGGCGGGCGUGCAGCUUUCGCGCUCCUCCGUGCCCCGUAGCCUCGCGCAGCGGCGAGGAACGACGUAGACGAAAAGGUCGAGAAAAGUCCAGAAGAAACGAGAAAGAGAGAGAGAGAGAGAGAGGGGGCAAGGGAGAAAGAGAAAUAAGAGCGAAAGCGUUCUUUGCCGUUGUGGAGCGCCGUGGCGGCGAUAGAGCGCGACGAAAUAUGAGCGCACGAGUGCUGAACCCUGCGAUGAUGACGGAAAUGAGCAGGAACCUAGGCGGAGGCGGCGGCGGCGGCGGCGGCGGUGGCGGAGGCAGCGGCGGCGGGCGACCAGUGCCGAGCAAGGCCGCGCUCGCCCGCGUCCGCCGCGAUCUCUUCGGCCCGGUGGACCACGUAGCGGCCAGGGCGCUCGCCGAGCGCGAGCUGCGGGCCCAAUCGCUGCUGGACGCUGAGCGAUGGGGCUUCGACUUCCACUUGGAGAUCCCGCGGCCGAACUCGCGCUACGAAUGGGAGCUGCUGACGGCGCAGGACGUCGUGCCCGAGCCCUACGCCCUGCGCGGCAUGCCCUACCUGAGAAAGCACGCCCCCGGCACGCCGCGUAAGUCGCGCAUCGUCGCCGACGACGCCGCGACGCCGACGGCGAUGACGACGACGACGACGACGACCGCCGCCAGCACGGCGGCAUCGCUGACGACGACGGCGACCAGCACCACCACGAUCACCACGAGGAUCGUCGAGCAGACGGAGACGACGAGCGCCGCGUCGGCGGCGACGCUUAUGGCGAUCGGCGCCGCCGAGAGGACGCCGCCGCAGGAAGCCAGGGUGCCGGAGAUCGGCGACGCCACGACGCCUGCCGAGCUCGUGGACGCGAACGCCAAGAGGAAGAGGUGCCCGAUCGAGCCGACCACCCCUGUAUUACCCCCGGCUGCCAGGAAGCAGUCCGCUAUCACAGAUUUUAUGAAGAGUCGUAAGCGCGGCCUGAAUGGGACCACGAAGAGCAUGAUAGAGCCGCCGGAGAAGAUUGCCCGCAACGCGGGCCAGAUACGCAGCUAAAAACCUUGAGCUUCCUCCUUCCUCCUCCAGCCUCGACGUCUUCUUCCAGCUCAUCUACGCACGCGUUCGCGCGACGAGAGAUAGUACCGGAAACGGGACACCGCGCCGCUGGUAGGAACGGGAACAAAGGAGGGCGCAGGGACGCUCCAGCAGGAGGCGUUAGAUCCUCGUUGGCUGUGCCAUUCACAUAGAUUUAUUCGCCGCGAGCGCGGGCGAGAAACCAACAGCGAAGCAAGUGGAUCGGACGAGAAAAGGGAGAGAAAGACCGAAGUGGAAGAAAACGGUAGUAGCGUCAUCGUCACAUCUUCGUGUCUGUAAUGUCGCUUUGUAAUAUCGCGAGGAUCGCGAGGGCAAUAGAGCAGGAGCCGCGGGACGAGGAGAAACAGUAAAAGUCGAGAUAAGGAUGCGAGAGGAAGCAGGGACGCUCAGUGGAGAAAGAGGGGAAAAAGUACGACAGUGGCUGUCGCUAUUUUUUUAUAACAUAUUAUUUUUUUCUUUCUUUCCUUAGAUUAGACAGAGUAAGUAAAUUUCUGAGAAAAAAAUUAGAUUGUAGAUAGAAUAAUAAUUUGCCCAAAUUAAUUAAUGUAAUAUAUUCUUUGUUUUCGAAACAUUCAUAUAAAAAAAAAGUUUAAACGAUGUCGUUACACAAUACUUUACGAGAGUGUGAGUGAGUGAGUGAGUGAGUGAGUGAGUGAGUGAGCGAGCGAGCGAGAAAGUGAGAAUGAAAUGGCGAGCGAGUCAGCGAGUGAGUGAUGGGAGAGAAAGAGAGAGUGAGAGAGAGAGAGAGAGAGAGAGAGAGAGAGAGAGAGAGAGAGCACAAGGAGCUACGAAAUACACGCAAGUUCAUAGGCUAUAUUCGUAGGAAUUAAUUAAUUAGGUUCUAAGGCAGAGUAUAUCGCGCGUAUCGAUUGGAUCCAACUGAACGAAUCGCUUGGACUGGUCCGGAAAUCUUUGGGAUUCGCGAGCGUGUUGCGUUCAGCUUUCCCCGCGGCUACUCAGCGACGAGUCAUCUUCCUUGCUGGAGUAUCCGCGGAAGCUGGUGCCCCGUCGGGAAUAGAUUUUCGCAGUACGUAUCGCGCUAGUUUCGACGUUCAAUCCUUGAAACACGCGCGAUAUGGCAAAUUAGUAAAUUCCCCCACGAAGCUCGCUCGAAAUUUUAUCAAAGUCGCGUUCUCGCGAAAUGUUGUAACGCUUUAAUAUCCGAAAUUCGCGGAUGAUUGGAACGAUCGGAUGUAGUUAGGCGAGAAUAUUGCGCAAGGGAUUCGCGAUUCCGCGGCCAGGAAACGACCAGUCUCAAGAAAGAGAAGAGAGAGAGAGAGAGAGAGAGAGAAAUGGGAUUUAGCUAUAGUUUGUUACCCGAGUUUAAGCAUUGAUCUCCUGUACGAUUUUAAGAAAGUACAGCCGAUGCCAAAUCACCCCGCGAUUUUUUCUUUUCACCCGUGAAAAAAGAACAAGGAAAUCCGACUCCUUUCUUCUUUCCCCUCUUCUUCAUCCUACGUCGCGUUUAUUUCUGACAAGUGGCAGCGCGAGAGGCACGUAAAUUUGCAACUUUCGUGCGGACAAAAGUUUGGCUUUCUUCUUUUUACGAUCUACUUACGUUACCAGCUAAGAGAUCCAACGUCUUACGAAAAUAUUCGGUGUCCUCACAUAGCUGUCGUUUCAAUCGGAUUACUGCUUUUCACCACGCGAUAUUCCAUCAAAAGUUUACUUCUGUCUGUGUUUCUUAUAUUUUUUCUCCGUAAACUCUAAGUGCGAUGUAGCUAAAUGUAUAACGAUUUGCGUGAAAAUUUAUAGUCAGAAUUUAUUAUUAAAUUUAUAGAAAAUAUAUAAUAAAUUUAUCAUAGAUUGAACGUCAAAUUAACGGAGAAACUUCAUCCUCUCCAAAAUAUCGGUAGAGACUACAUUGUAGAGAUAAUGAAAGUAUUUGCAAAUAUAUCGAUGCUAAUUUCCAACGAAAAUGCCAAGUCAUCCCGCAAAUGACGUUAACCUUUUGUUAGUCACAACAAUAUGUAUACUACCUCAAGGAACGAGUUUUUUUUUUUUUCUACGAUGAUGUGUAAUUCUCCGUUUUUUCUUUUCCGAAUGGGAGACACGCGGAAAAUCGCAAAAUUUAAAAAUCAAACGCCUAACGAAAGGUUAAUGCAUUUGCAAGUUUUUUAUUUCCGUGACUAAUGCGGAGAGGAAGAUUGUCAUCAACAGGUUUUGUUGAGAUCGGACGAAUUAAGCAUUCAACGACGUAGAGAGACACAUCCCCAGUGCGAAUCGCGAGAGCCAACGUUUACUUCGUUCGUUGCCAACGAAUUGUUACACAGAGCGUAAUAUUAGCGUACUACCGUAAUUGUAUAUUCUUAAUUGAGCUUUAUAAUAGAUAGCUGUUUACACACACAAUAUUUCGCGAUGCCCCAUUUGCCAACAUCCCGUUGAGAAGCGGUAUAUUCUCGUAAGUCCUACCUUAUCUUCCAUCAAUCUGCCCCAACAUCCUCCCGCCCGCCAUUUUCUGUUUUUGAGAUUGUAACUUAAAAAUACGAUUGGUGGUCACAGGCUAUUUUCUUUUUAAGGUUUGUUUAUAUGUGCUACACAUCGAGCACGACAGACGGACGUAGUGAGAGAAGCGUUGUAAGAUGCAAAUGAUCGACUAAGCCUGAAGUUACGGACGCAUCAAUCGUAAUUUUCCUUCGCGCGAAACGAAGAUAAAAAAUCCGGACAUUCACGAAACUCGCGAUGCGCGAUCGGUUCGGCAGAUUUUAAAGGAACGAUUUGACUUCGCGAUUGGCGCGAAGCGCGCUUGGCAUAUUUUUGGCGCCUUUAAGAUUUAGUCAGUGCAACAUUUCAUCCAUCGGAAGAAAGCGAACCGAUUUAACCUGGCAAUUCGAUACCGUAAGACACAUUUAAAUUGCAUGAGAUAGUCAUACUUCUUCAUCGCUAAUUGCUUGCAGAAAUCAAAAUUAUCUUGGACGAAUGGAUGGGUCUAAAUUGAACUAAAACAAACCGGUAGAGAGAAUGUUUCGAUGUCUCCUGUGCACCACUUUGCCGGAAACGAAAUCGCAAAAAAAAAGAUAACCUUGGUGAAUCUUGGUGAAUCUCUCAAGAUCUGAAAAAGAAGUCGCAAUGUUUAGUGCCUGCCGCGGGGAAACUAACAAAAGAAAAAAAAAAUUAGCAAAAAGAGAAAAAUCUUACGUCUAUGUAACCCUGUGAUGUAUUAGUAUGAUCUCAGUAAACAUAACUUAGCGUGUACUUUUUAUCUAUGAUAUAUGUAAUUAGAUCAUAUAUAUGUAUAUGCGAUAGCAAGAAUUAUAAAAAUCACAAAUCAUGGAUAAAAAUUGAUGAUUUAUAUAUGUAUGUAUGUAUGUAUGUAUGUAUGUGUAUGCGUGAAUGGACGAGCGACCUACGUGCGAAUCUUGUAAAAUAAAGGACAAGAUGAAGAGAGAAGAGGGGAGAGAGAGAGAGAGAGAGAGAGAGAGAGAGAGAGAGAGAGAGAGAGCGCAGAGAAAGAGCGAAAAGAAGAGAGAGAAUACCCAGUGAAUCAUGCCUGCCUCUCAAUCGGUACCCAGCGACAUAAAAUUACAUACGUGUGUAA